AAAAAUCUGUCCCCAUUGACUGGUUCGUGUCCCUACUAGUGGAAUAUUCAGAACUGACAGGUCAAGGGAUCAUUACUCGAACAUGGUAGGUUUCCUGACACCCUGGCCGCAACAAAGAAAUCUCACCCAGAUGGGGAAUGCACUAGAGAAAGUUACCGUCCAUUGUCUUACAUCAUCUGUAACAUCUUCCCCUGGAUGAUUGAGCCAGUGAGCUCGUCAACAAUACAAAGCCCUCACGACUCGCAGCUCCUUGCCGUUGUACCUGGUGUCUCCUGCGGCUUCCGAUCCCGAAUAAAGAAAUCACCUUGGAAACAGUCUUCGCAACCGAGGCUUUCUCGACGUUCUUGGUUUGCUAGCCCAUCAUGGCGGAUUCUACGGAAUGGGAAGCUGUGAAGCCCGGAGGGCUUGCAGCAGCGAUUCUCGGCGUAACGAUUGCUUUCUCCGUCCUAUGUAUCGUUGUUGUCGGCCUGCGCGUCGGCGCUAGGGUAUCAACGGGAGUUUUCGGACUUGAGGACUGGCUUAUGUGCGUUGGAUUUGCCCUCAAUAUGGUCCAUAAUGGGAUUGUUAUUUGGGGAACUUUUACAGGUAUCGGUACCUAUGAUUCAAAGCUGAAUACUGCGAUGAUGAUAGAAGGGGCUAAGUCUAUUGUGUUCUGGCAAAUAUUCUACAUCAGCGGAUCCGUUUUCAUUAAGGCUAGCAUCUGCGCGACAUUGGCACGAAUUGCUACGCAGCGCCGAUAUAUCUACACUCUUUGGGGACUUGUUGCUGUAUCGGUCAUAGCUACCCUGGUUGCCAUUUCUGCAGUCUUGGUCCGGUGUAAGCCGGUAGCAGCGUCGUGGAAUCCAGCUCUAGGAACGUGUAUUGACCAAUCCAUCAUUAUUGCCUUGACAUAUGCUGUCUCGGUAAUUAAUAUCGUGACGGACUGGGCUGUCGCAGUUAUCCCGGUAUUCAUCCUCUGGAAUCUCCAGAUGCGGAAGACCCUCAAGAAGAUGAUUGCCCUGGUCCUAGGCCUUGGUGUGCUGGCUUCUAUUGCGACCAUCAUUCGAAUGCCGUACUCCUCAGUCUAUUCCCACACCACCGAUCUACUCCAUGACAUCGGAAACAUCAUCCUAUGGACUGUAGUCGAAUGCGAUCUCGGUAUUAUCGCGGGCUCGAUGCCAAUGCUCCGAACGUACAUCCGGAUGUUUGCCAAGGACGAGAGCUCCUAUCAAGGGGGUUCAGGAGACUUGAAUCUGGUGACAAUUGGGAGGAUCAAGGGGAAACACAACCCGAUCCAUGACGCUGAAUUUAUGGUCACCGCCGUUGGUGGCAAUGAUCGUGAGAGCGACAAGGAUGAUGAAAGUACGAAACAGAUGAUUAAGGUCACGAGGAGGAUAGAUCAGGUUUCAAGCAGAGGUUAUGAGCAGGUUUAGUGCAAAGACUUAGUACCAUACUUGAUAAACAAAUAAGACGGGCAAGCAAGUGAGAUACCGAACUGUAAUCGGCCCAUAGCUUAGCCCAGGGUUGCAAC